CAUGGGAAAGGCGAGGCGGACGCCGGUAGCUGCUACGACCCGCAAAGGCCCCCAGUCCGGGGGGAAGAAGCAGGCGGACGCCGGGAGCCUCACCGCCCGGGAUCGAGCCUCCAGAAGUGCCGGCUCGCCGCCUGGCAAGGAACUGCCCAGCGCCGAGCCGCCGGACGAGCUGUGCGCGUUGGCCCUGGGGGCGCAAAAGGAGCGCUGGCUGCAGUUCCAGAAACGGCUGCGGGUGAGCUGCGAGGAGGCGGUCAAGCUCCUGCUGGACACCUUUGAGUACCGGGGACUGGUGAAGCACACGGGAGGCUGCCACUGUGGAGCCAUUCGCUUCGAGGUCUGGGCUUCAGCUGACCUCCACGUCUUUGAUUGCAAGCAACUGCAGCAUCUGCGUUAAGAAGCAGAACUGGCACUUCAUCGUUCCUGCCUCACACUUCAAGUUGCUG